GGGAUUGACAGGUAGGAUUGAUAAUUCCUUGCUUAAGGAAAGUAGCCAAUCACGAUCAGUCACUCUGGGCGGACUCACUCGAGCAUAUGUUAUGUUAAAGAAUGACGAUAUCAACCACUACUUUGUCAAUGUUAACAUUUGAAACUGCAAUGAUGUAUUCGCGAGAAAACUUCGAAAUAAUGGUCCAAAAAUGAAGUAAUGGUACUUUAUUGGCGAUAGUUGUUUGAAAUAUUUUGGUCCAUGCAUGAAUUAGCUGACAUUGAAAGCAUAGCCUCCGUCCAUCUCCACCUAGACUACAAAGAGACUGAAACGGAUGGCAGCAUUGCGAGGAGUCGGUGCAUGGUUCGUCGUGACCGAGGCAUCGUUUGGCUGGGCGGGAUUCUUCGUCAUUUUGAUACCUCAGAGGAAUAUAGCAUAGCCUCCGUCCAUCUCCACCUAGACUACAAAGAGACUGAAACGGAUGGCAGCAUUGCGAGGAGUCGGUGCAUGGUUCGUCGUGACCGAGGCAUCGUUUGGCUGGGCGGGAUUCUUCGUCAUUUUGAUACCUCAGAGGAAUAUAGCAUAGCCUCCGUCCAUCUCCACCUAGACUACAAAGAGACUGAAACGGAUGGCAGCAUUGCGAGGAGUCGGUACAUGGUUCGUCGUGACCGAGGCAUCGUUUGGCUGGGCGGGAUUCUUCGUCAUUUUGAUACCUCAGAGGAAUAUAGCAUAGCCUCCGUCCAUCUCCACCUAGACUACAAAGAGACUGAAACGGAUGGCAGCAUUGCGAGGAGUCGGUGCAUGGUUCGUCGUGACCGAGGCAUCGUUUGGCUGGGCGGGAUUCCUCAACUUCUCUAAUGAAAUCCUCGUAUGCGCUUCUGCAUUCCGACAACUGAGCGAUCGUCGAUAAGAUGACUACUAAGAUUGCGAUGAAGAAUUUCAUCCUGGAACCUUCGAGAAA